AUGUCUACACGCGCUUGCCACGGUACGUACGAAGAGGAGCGUCGCUACUUCAUGACCACCUUGCACGCUCAGAUUGACAUUCUCCAGGACAACUACAGGGGGGGCCGAAAGAUGGUUAUCAAUUCUCUGACUCUUCUUCUUCUGCGAGUUGAGGGUCUGAGAAUGUCCGGACAGGCUCGUUAUGCCUACGACAACCCUAAUUGGACUGACAAAUGCAACCAGCUCCACGAACGGAUGGAAGUCUUCAGAGACACUCUCUUCAGGGACCCGAGCAGCACCUACAGAGUCGCCGCCGAUAUCCAGAAUAUGAUGCUCUUUUUAGACUUUUGUGUCCCUGCGGAUAUUGAGUACAGAAUUACGCCUGGCCGAGGCAACCGAAGUGGUGCCCCGUCGCCAGAGCCUAGGCGUUGA